AUGCGAUCUAUCAUUGUCUUAUUUUUCACUAUAUUUCUUUCAUCUGUAAGGGGACAAACUACUCAACUACCGAAUUAUUCUUGUAGUGAAAAUAAUGUUUCUAUUCAGUUUACAUUGUCUUCAUCAUCUCAUUCAGCAUGGAAUCAAACAUCAAAUUGUUCUUUACAACAAUGUAAUAUGAGCUUGAAUGGUAACAAUGAUUGUCUUUCAUCAUCAACACCUUGUUUUGAUUAUCGAACAAUAAAUAAUAUUAGUUAUUGUGCAUCGGGUAUUUUAUGUUCAAUAUUAGAAAGAUGUGACAAUAUUACACAAACAUCUUCAUCAAAUAAUUCAAUAUGUUUUAAUAAUUCAAGUUGUUCAUCACAAGUAGUAUGUUUACCAUUAUUAGCAACACAAAUGUGUGAAAGAGGUACUAGUACAUAUUGUUUACAUUUCAAACUCCAUCAAAAUCAAUUAGAACAAUUCAUUUUAUUUAUAAUUACAGACAAAGUAUCAUUCAUUUGUAUAAAACUUGUGUCGAUCGGUACUUUUGCUAUAGUGAAAACCAAUAUAAUAGAUAGACUAAUAUGGAUUUGUGAUAUUCAUUGUUAA